UCCUCUCCCCCCUUCUCGGGCGCUCCCUGCCAAGCCCAUGAUGUAAUGGUGUAUGUUAAUCAGUAGCAUGUGGGGAGCUCCGGCUCGGGCGGCUCAGUCCUCCGCGAGCCGACACUGGAGGCGGCAGGAGCGGCGGCGGCGGCGGCCCGGACCCGCAGCGCCGCACUCUCUCAGCGCCGCCCGCCCCGACGGCAUGGCCCGCAGCCCGCGCUCCGGGCGCCCCCAACCUCGCUGAGAGCCGCUGCGGUCCCGGACCCGCGCUUGGGGCCGCGAGCAGCCAGGAUGAGCCGCUCCCAGUGGUGAUCGCCACUCGGGAAUGCGGGUGUGAAGGGUCCGAGCUGCCGCCCAGCGGGGGAGAGACCCCGGGACGCCGGAAAUCACCAUCCCGAAGCUGCGAGAAGAAGGCGGGGGAGGGGGGAAAGAGAGCAUUCUUCAGUUGGUGUGCCUUGUGGGGAAAAAAUUUUUUUUAAAUCGUUAUUUAAAAAAAACAACAACAAACAUUUCCGUGCUACUGUCUGUCAUCAUCUCUGGGGAAAUCAGCCAGAACCACCAGAACGUAACUGAAACCAGACGAGAGAGGCAGGAGCCGAGGCAGUACCUGCAGCGUCCGGGCACCAGAGCCACCUUGGAACGGGAACGCGUCUCCGGCGGCCGCUGGGCUGCGGCUCCGCCAAACUUUGGGGCGGGCGGGGCGGGCUGGGGCUCGGAGGGGGCUUUGUAGACCGAGGGCCGCCCCCUAACCAUGAUGUUUCGCGACCAGGUCGGGGUGCUGGCGGGCUGGUUUAAGGGCUGGAACGAGUGCGAGCAGACUGUUGCACUGCUGUCGCUGCUCAAGCGCGUGAGCCAGACCCAGGCCCGCUUCCUCCAGCUCUGCCUGGAGCACUCGCUGGCCGACUGCACCGAGCUGCACGUCCUAGAAGGCGAGGCCAACAGUCCCGGAAUCAUUAACCAAUGGCAACAGGAAUCCAAGGAUAAAGUGAUUUCCCUCCUGUUAACUCACCUGCCUUUGCUGAAGCCAGGAAACCUCGACGCAAAAGUAGAGUAUAUGAAACUGCUGCCCCAAAUCCUGGCGCACUCCAUCGAGCACAACCAGCACAUCGAGGAGAGCAGGCAGCUGCUGUCCUAUGCUUUGAUCCAUCCGGCCACUUCGUUGGAAGACCGCAGUGCUUUGGCCAUGUGGCUGAACCACUUGGAGGACCGCACGUCGACCAGCUUUGGCGGCCAGAACCGAGGCCGCUCGGACUCUGUGGAUUAUGGGCAGACGCACUACUAUCACCAAAGACAGAACUCCGACGACAAGCUUAAUGGGUGGCAGAACUCUCGGGAUUCUGGGAUUUGCAUCAACGCCUCCAACUGGCAGGACAAAAGCCUGGGGUGUGAGAAUGGCCACGUGCCCCUCUACUCCUCUUCAUCUGUCCCCACCACAAUCAAUACGAUUGGAACCAGCACAAGUACAAUUCUCUCAGGCCAGGCACACCACAGCCCUUUGAAACGAUCUGUGUCCCUUACCCCACCCAUGAAUGUGCCAAACCAGCCUCUAGGACAUGGAUGGAUGUCUCAUGAGGACUUACGAGCUAGAGGACCCCAGUGCCUCCCAUCCGAUCAUGCCCCCCUGUCACCACAAAGCAGUGUAGCCUCUUCAGGAAGUGGUGGGAGUGAACACUUAGAAGAUCAGACCACUGCUCGUAACACAUUCCAAGAAGAAGGUAGUGGUAUGAAAGAUGUCCCAGCCUGGUUAAAAAGCCUCCGCCUGCACAAGUAUGCUGCGCUCUUCUCCCAGAUGACCUACGAGGAGAUGAUGGCCCUCACUGAGUGCCAGCUGGAGGCUCAGAAUGUUACCAAAGGUGCAAGACACAAAAUUGUCAUCAGUAUUCAGAAGCUCAAAGAGAGACAAAACCUCCUGAAGUCUUUGGAAAGGGACAUCAUCGAGGGGGGCAACCUGCGCAUCCCCCUCCAGGAGCUGCACCAAAUGAUCCUGACUCCCAUCAAGGCCUACAGCUCCCCAGGCGCCACCCCCGAGGCUCGCCGCCGGGAGUCCCAGGCCUCACACCCUCCUUCGCUGAUGGGCCCGGAGAGCCAGAGCCCCGACUGCAAAGAGAGCGCCGCGGCCGUGGGAGCCACGGCCACUGCCUCGGCUGGGGCCAGUGGCGGGCUCCAACCGCACCAGCUGAGCAGCUGUGACGGGGAGCUGGCUGUCACCCCCCUGCCAGAGGGGGAUCUCCCUGGGCAGUUCACACGUGUCAUGGGGAAAGUGUGCACACAGCUCUUGGUCUCCAGACCCGAUGAGGAGAAUAUAAGUUCCUAUUUACAGCUCAUAGACAAGUGUCUAAUCCAUGAGGCAUUUACAGAGACACAGAAAAAACGAUUGUUGUCAUGGAAACAGCAGGUGCAGAAGCUCUUUCGGUCUUUCCCUCGGAAAACCCUUCUAGACAUAUCAGGAUAUCGACAGCAAAGAAACCGCGGCUUCGGGCAGUCCAACUCCCUCCCGACGGCUGGCUCUGUGGGCGGUGGCAUGGGCAGGCGGAACCCACGCCAGUACCAGAUCCCCUCCCGGAACGUCCCUUCCGCCCGCCUUGGCCUCCUGGGCACCAGCGGAUUCGUCAGCUCCACCCAGCGCAACACCGCAGCCAACCCCACCAUCAUGAAACAAGGAAGACAGAACCUCUGGUUCGCCAACCCCGGGGGCAGCAACAGCAUGCCAAGCCGCACCCACAGCUCAGUCCAAAGGACCCGCUCGCUGCCUGUGCACACUUCACCGCAGAAUAUGCUGAUGUUCCAACAGCCAGAAUUCCAGCUUCCCGUGACUGAACCUGACAUCAACAACAGGCUGGAGUCCUUGUGCCUAAGUAUGACCGAGCACGCCCUGGGAGGUAACCGAGGAGGUUGGGUCAGCACCCUGACAGCCCCUGACGAGUAAUGGGAAACAACCCAAAGACGGGGUUGACCGGACCUCCACAAUCUAGAGCUGAAGAUGAGAGUGACCGCGCUGGCCGUGAAAUCGACUGCUGCGGGUCCAGUGUUAGCCAUCUUCAGGGUUGCACAGAAUCCUCCAAGAUACUUUGCAGCCAUUUCUUUUCCCCUGGUCCCUCUCCCAUUUUGAUUUUGUGAGAGCGUAGGUCGUCCUUGUAAACAUAUCAGUAGACCUGGGACUGGUUAUUUCGUCAUUUGUUUCUGUCGUGGGAUGGCUUGGUGUGGGGCAUGGGGAGGGAUCUCUAAGGGAAACAUAGGACUGGGAACGGGUGGAGGGAAUGCAAGUGGCUUCUUGGAUGGAAAUGAGGGGGAAAAUAAAGAGGGUACCGCUUGGAAAGAGAUGAGAGACUUGGGAGGGAGGCAGAAGCCCCAGCCCUUGGGAGCCUUCUCAGAAGCCUGCCUUCAGAGUCAGGCCCCGGGAGGAAAGCACGGAUGCCUGCGACCAAAGCACAACGGCGGCUCGCUCUUUUAUGUCUCCCCUGAUUGGAUUCCCUGAGGCCCCUGCUUGAAAUCCAGCCGCAGAAGAAGUCCACAUGGCAACGGGGGCAGGAAGGGAGAAAUUCCCUCCAACAAAAUUUCAGAUAAACUUUGAUUUGUGUAUUGUUUACAUAACAAUUUUAAAGGGUACAUAAUGUGUAAAGAGUUGGGCUAGAACUUUUCUUCAUACUAUGGUUUUUGUAAAGGAUUUGUUGCUAUGGAUUCAUUUUUUCCUCUAUUUUUAUAAUAGCAGCAGGGUUGUCUUUUUAAAUGGCUGCCAAGCUCUGCUUCUCGGGAAGGCGGAGCUGUCACGUAGGCCUGAGUUGUGUCUCCCACCUGUGGGUGGGAGAAGUGUGUAGGUGGAGUUGAGGAUGUGGCUGGAGUGGGCGGAGCACUGGGCAGGGCGCCACCAUGUGAUCGGUUAUGGGAUUGCGCGCAGUCACCUAGGGAGUCUAAAGGAAUCCUGCUGCCCUUUCUACGCUGGAUUUGCUUCUCACCCGGAGAACCUCUUUCUCCCCACCCUACAAUGGGGUGUCAUCCUAUCAGUCCUGGCCUCGCUCCACACACACACACACACACACACACACACACGUGGGUACAAGUUUCACUGGAGGAGAAAAGGCAAGGAUGGAUAUUUUUCCCUAGCAAGAGGCCUUAAUACCCAGAUAAUAAGCUCAAAAGGCCGCUUUUGGGGGGGUUGCUCGCAGGAACCCCAGCCUGGGGGCUGCAGCCCCUUGGCUCGCUCACCGCUGAGGAAGAGGAGGAAAAGAGCAAGGUCCGGCAACAGUGUAUAAACGGUCAGUCAGCAAGUGGCAGAGAGAGCUGCGGGGAGACGUCCCAGGUGGGCAGUGGAAGAAGAUGUGAGAAAGGUCGACUUCAUGAUGGAAAUGAUGAUUCUAUCACGUACGUCAGGGAUUUGCUGUGUUGUCGGCUGAUUUAUCCACCCGCAUGGAAGGGAGACAAAACUACUACUUAACAUGGUGAGAGAUUAACAAACUACGCUACCAAAAAGUAAUAGCUCUAUUUCUUAAGGGCAAGAAAGACUACGUUUGGAAUUUGAUGCAAUAGAGGGUAUUAGAGGAAAUCCAAGAGGAGCUGUGCUCUGCGCUGGAAAAUUGGGUUGUGUAAAUGAUGGUGUGACAGCUCAGCCAGAGGCGAGAUCAGGGAGAUAGUAGGAGGCCUGUUUAUUGAAUGGGUGUCUGGUACCAUUUUGGGGGUUUGUUUUUUUAGCAAAGUCAGAGUCGAAAUUAAAGAGAUCAGACCAUGAAAAUCACUGCGUUUGCUUGGGGUUAUGUUUUAAAAUAAUGAAGUAAAUACAAUUUAAAAGGCCUUAAUGAAAUCCAAACAGCUUUCUUCUACCUUCAAGAUUGAAAACGUACACCCAACACAGCCUUGGAUGUUGUGAAGCUUGCAAAGUCUUCUUAAGGUCUAAAAUGUGGGAACAUCUUAACCACAGAGAGCCUUUAGCAAGCAAAGAACAUUGAAUCCACAACAUCCUGCACUGCAUUUUAUAAAAAAGGGGGGCUCUCCAUGGGUGACUAUGUUCUAAAGAUGCAAAUUCAUUUGCAGAAAGAGGCAGCAUUUUUUAGUUGAUAUGUUUUAACCAAGUGCCAUUAACAUUCAUCCUCCACUCCCCUUUUCUAAGCAAGCUUAGGGUUACUUGGGGAAUGUGUUGGGAUGGACAAUCGUGUGAGCCAGGAAGGACAAGUCAAAGAUGUUGAAGGCCAAAGGCAAGACCAGAGGGUUUGCGAAGGUGUUUUUUGGAUGCUAAGAACGUUAAUGGAAGAAUAAAAACAAUGGUAUAACACAUCUUGUGGAGAAAUUAAAAAGCAUUCAGAUCUGCUGCAAAACACAUAUAUCCAUAAACACUCGGGUUGUUCAGAAAACAGAUUGUGAACACAAUCACAUUAGCAUGAAUCCUUUAAAAGGAUGAAGACCUUAAAGUAUUUGCAAAUUUGAAUUUCUAUUUAUUCCUUCACUGAAUAUAGAAACAAUGGUUAUCUGAUUAUUAGAGAUAUUAUUUUGGAUAUGUUACUUAUUAACUUGCUAUGGCUGGUAACCAUGAUAAAGUCUGUUAUUAAUAACAACAUAAUUCUUUUUUUAAAAGAAAAGCUUAUUUUUCAUUGACUGUGUAUAGAUUUAUCUACUUAGUUGUGUUCUGCUCUUAGUGUUUUAAUUUUUUUUUAAGUUGACUGUUCUGAUAAAUUUUAGGCGCCUGUCCCCACCUUGUUUUGAGUCCUGUGUUGACUGCAGGUAUACAGCUCAAUCUAAAAAUCCUAAAGCAAAAGAACUUUAUUUAUAAAAAAAAAAAAAUCAAACAGUUGCAUGCAUAGAAGGCUGUGAAGUCGGAUAUUUAGUAAUAAAGCGGCAGUGCCUUUUUUUGUAUUUACCCAUUGACCCCCAAAUGCAACUGUUUUAUAUUAAGUAAAUAGUAAACAUUAAAAAUCUCAGAGUAAAAUCUAUUUCACUACAUGGGUUUUUUUUCUCCCCUCGUUCUGAUUUAAGCAGUGUGUAUUUGACAUCUCUACAUUGUCCCAGGGACAGUGGUGUUCUACGAUAUUGUUAUCAUGUAUGAUGUUUUAUUGGUGCUUUUUAUUCAUAGUGGUUUCUUACCAGAAACAGUAGGAAGACACACAUGAACUGUGUACAAGAAAUGAAACAUUGCUGCUGAUAUGUUUUGUUUUGUUUUCCACAUGCUUUUUGAGUUUCACUUUUUAAACCAAGGGCCAGCAAGCAAAAUCAAUGCCCUGAAGAGGGCGGCUGUUUGCACCAAGCUCUCCAAUGCUGUGUAUUGACGGUCCCUUUUUGGUACUCAGGAUUGGAGCUAGAGCUGGGCCCCCUCUCCCAUUCAUUUGAAGAGACACUGAGGGAAACAAGGUUUUCUUUUGAGGUGUCAUUGGCUGCCUUUUACGGAAUGGGAGCCUUCUCCGGGUCUUCUGUUCUUCUGCCCCUCUUGUAGCUACUGCCAGUGCAAGGUUUGUAGAUGCACGUUCCCCCUCUGGAACCGGGAUCUCCCUGAGAGCCUGGCCUGGGGGCUGAGCUGGGUUGAAUGCAUAGGCGCACAACCAGAAGGGCAGCGAGGGGAGGAGAAAGCAGCCCCCAUCUCGGUGGCCCUCUGGGGAUGUCUUGGGCAGGUGGCCCCAGCUUGGGUGCAGGGAAACAGCCUAACCAAGGCGUUCAGGUGUGCCUGUUACAGGAAGGCCCUGGGGAAGGAUAAUUUGCACAUGGGGCUGUGAUAACACUAAUGUUGAUUUUUUUGUUUUACAAGUCAUCAGAGAUGUUUGCAAAGUGAGUUUUAUUUUUUUGUAAUUCCUUUAUCUUUACUUAAAGGUGAAUGUGUAUUCCUCUGGGAGGAAUAGGAAGAAAACAGGAAUGUUAAUAAUGUCAAACAGAAGACUUCCUCCCUUAUUAAUAUAUAACCCUCAUGUAUUUAUGCCUAAUGUAAGCUGACUUUUAAAAAGCUUUCUUUUGUUGCAUGCCCCAUGCAGACAUCCCUAUUGUACAUGCAUGCCUUUCGUCCUGUUUUCCUGUAUAAAGUUAGUGAACAAAGAACUAUUUUUGCCUAGUUCAUGUUGCCAAGCAAUGCAUAUUUUUUAAAUUUGUCAUAUAUGGAAAUAGCAUGUUUGUUACAUGUAAAAGCUUUACUGAUAUACAGAUAUACUAAUGUUUGAAGAAGCUGUUCUUUGCAAGUGUACAGUUUUCAAAUGUUACCAGUGAAACACCCUUGUGGUUUAAACUUGCUACAAUGUAUUUAUUACUCAUUUCCUCCCAUGUAACUAAGAAUCAUGGCUAUAUUUCAUAUCAACAUUAUAUUGAAAGUGAAGGGAAAUGAUUAAUACAAGGUUUUGUAACACU